CACAUCCCCUCCUAUGCAGGCUGGAAUCUAAUUGGUUGCGCUAAUUUAUAGACCGUUUACAUCGCUCAAGUAACAAUUAAAGCGAUCUAGCAGGCACCUCACACACGUUUCCAAUUCACUUUGUCGGAGCGCCGGAACGCAUUUUUAAACGUUGCCCUGUGUGUGUGUGUGUGUGUGUGUGUGUGUGUGUGUGUGUGUGUGUGUGUGUGUGUGUGUGUGUGUGUGUGUGUGUGUGUGUGUGUGUGCGUGCGAGGAGACGCGAGCUGGGAUGAGCUAUGCCUUGGAUCCCGUUCUCCUUCGAAGAAAGACGUGGAUUACCAGAAAGGAAGGAAGGAAGGAAGGAAGGAAGAAAGAAAGGAAGAAAGGAAGAAAGGAAGAAAGGAAGAAAGGAAGAAAGGAAGAAAGAAAGGAAGAAAGAAAGAAAGAAAGAAAGAAAGAAAGAAAGAAAGAAAGAAAGAAAGAAAGAAAGGCCACAUUUUAUUCCGUGGUCCCCACUCGCAAUUGUAGUUUGAGGUUUUUCAACCCGCUCUAGUCUGAGAGAAGCAAAAGUCUUGGAUCGCGAGCCUCGGUCCAAAGACCCCCGCUGCCCUGAGCCCACGCGGCCCCUCCCCGCUCCUGGUCGCGGGUGGAAGCCUCAUUCCCUCGCCCUCCUCCCCCCGGUCGUGAUCGCGGGGUUGGGAUGACUUCAGCUCGGCACCCCGGAGAUCGGCAGGGCUGGAUCUGGCUACCAUUGUUACGCAUGUGCCGGCGCGCCUGCUUUCUUCCUCGGUUCUGUUGCUAUAGGAGCUCCUGGCUAACAAUCUCCUCUCGCCUGAAUCCUCCGGGUUGCGUGGGCUCCGGUGGUUCCCGCCGCCGGGAAAACAGCCUCGGCUCUCCAGGCUGCGGCACCGCGCCUUUGGACGGAGUCAUGCGCGACGGCGGGCCGCCCUGCUCUUCUGGAGCAACGGCAACAUUGCAGGAGGGAAGGAGAUGCCAGGAGAAUAUCUGGAUAAGGAUGUAAACCCAUCUCUUGGGGGCUGAGCAGUGCUUCAGGUUCAGAAGGAAAAAGAUGCUUCAGAAUGUCCACCGGUGCACAAGUAACAUCUAUUGGCAACUCCUUAAACUAAAAUGAUCCUUCUUUAAGGGAACAGUUUUCCUUGGGGUAUUGAAAAUGUCUUUGGCUGACAAGAGGCUUGAAAACCUCCAGAUCUAUAAAGUUCUCCAGUGUGUCCGACAGAAGGACAAGAAACAGAUUGAAAAGCUCACCAAGCUUGGAUACCCUGAACUCAUCAAUUUUACCGAGCCAGAAAAUGGAGACAGUGCCCUUCACUUGGCUUGUGUGGCCAACGACAUUGACAUGUGCAACUUCCUUUUGGAGCUUGGUGCUCACCCCGAUGUCCAAGACCGAAUGGGGCGCACUCCCGUGAUGAAAGCGGCGGAACUUGGCCACGACCUGGCCUUGGAUGUGCUCGUCCAGGCUGAAGCAGACAUGACCAUAGUGGACGCAGAAGGAAAAGGAGUGCUAUUUUAUUGCAUUCUGCCCACCAAACGGCACUUCCGCUGUGUUCAGAUGGUCCUCGAAUUUGGAGCGGAUGUUAACAACUGUACUUUUGAGGGGAAGCCAGUUUUCGUAGAAGCCUGUGAGCAAGCCCACGAGAUCAAAGAGAUAUGUAUGACAUUUUUGGAAAGAGGAGCAGACCCCAAUGCAACAAACCCAGCAACGGGCCGCACUGCCCUGAUGGAAGCAGCAAGAGAAGGGGUUUUAGAGGUGGUCCGGGGUAUCCUGGAGAGAGGUGGGAAUGUUAAUGUUUUUGACAACGAGCGACACCAUGCUGCCCAUUUUGCUGCCAAAGGAGGGUUUUUUGAGAUACUGAAGAUUAUUUCUGCUUACAAUGGAGAUGUGGGCCUUAUAGCCAUGAAUGGAAAUACACCUCUUCAUUACGCUGCUGCUGGAGGUUUUGCAGAGUGCUGCAAAUUUAUCGGUCAAAGAGGUUCUGACCCUACUUGGAGAAACUUAGAGAAGAAGGUUCCAAGACAGGUUGCUAAAGACGGGGGGUUCAAAGCAGCUGCAAAGGAGAUACGUAAAAUUGAGCGGCGGUUUGCCAAAUUUUCCAAACCCAAACCUGGAGUUAAGGACCCCAAUCCACCCUGGGCUAUCAGGUUGCACGAUUGGUCUGGAGAAAAUCAGGCGAGCCUUCGGGAAACGUUUGAGGCAUACGAUCGAGGGGAUGGGACUGUGAGCAAGGAAGAUUUUAUAUCCAUUAUUGAGGAAAGGUAUCCGUUUAUUGAGCCAGAGCAGCUACAAACAAUAGCCCAGGCUCAUGAGAAAACACGUGCAGCAGGAGUUAACAUUGAAGAAUUUCUGAAGGGCAGCCGGUAUCUGCAGAAGGCCUUCCUCCUUGGAAGUUAUGGUCCAAAGAAGAAGAAGCCCAAGAAAGCAAAAGGCAAAAAAGGAAAAUUUGCCAUGCCGAUGCCAAUUUGCGUCAUUCCAGAGAGCACUCGGCCUCGUCGGACAGACGGGGGACCCCCAGAAUACAUGAUUGAAACUUAUCAAAAUGUAACUGACUGCACGCGUUUCAAUCGGGAUCACCCUCCUGAACAUCCAUUGCAGGAUGAUUCCUGGUGGUAUAUUGAAGACCCACCAAAGACCUUUGCCAACAUCAAUUACCUUGCCAAAGAGGGGGACCUUUCCUCUAUCAAAAAAGCAUUUGAGGCCGGGGUGCCAGUAGACAUCAGAGACCAUUUCUAUAAGACUCCAUUGAUGGCUGCCUGUGCAAGUGGCAACAUGGAAGCAGUGCAGUUCCUUCUCGAAAAGGGGGCGAGUGUGAAUACCACAGACAAUUUCAUGUGGACUCCUCUCCAUCAUGCAUGCCACGCAGGGCAGCAAGACAUUGCUGAACUCCUUGUGAAAGCUGGUGCCACAAUAGAUGCCGUUACAAUCAAUGAUGGAACCCCAUUGAUGAGAGGUAUCGAGAGCAGCCGUUUGGACACCGUGCAGUAUUUAAUCAACAGUGGUGCUAAGGCUCAAAUGACAAACCGAAAAGGACAAAACUCGCUGGAAAUUGCCAGGGCCUAUGCAGACAACCGACUGAUCCACUUCAUUCAAGAUACCUUGGACCGCUUGCCACAAGUCACAGAAGUCAAAGGGGAUAAAAAGAAAGGGAAAAAAGGGGGCAAGCCUAAAGCUCCUUCUCCUACUCCUACUCCAGCUCCAUCAGCCCAGGCUGCAGCUGCUCCCAAGCCAAAAUCCGAACAAUACUCAAAGGAGUCGGUGAAAGAGGAGAUGCUACAACCCCUUGAUUCUAUUGUUGAGAAAUCACUCUUUGAAGAAGAGAAGGAAUCCCUCAAGGAUAAUGUAGUUCAUCUGAAUUCCUUGAUAACCAGAGGAGCAACAAAGAAACUUAAUAUCACUUUCACACCACAGAGAACCUGGAGUCCUGAAGCAACCACAAAAGAUCUUCUCAAAAAGAGGGAAUUACAUCGGCAGCGUUUCACCUAUGAAGUGGACUUUGAUGAUUUCAUGAUGCCCUUCAAGAAGAAUUUCAUGGAGAAAGUCCGUACACUGCAACAGAGCGCUGCUUUGCAUUAAUCACGAUGGAUGUUUAAAAAGUGAAUGGGAGGGGACCUCCCUCUCAAGAAAAAAUGCUUUUGAGAGGCUUAAAUCAUGUUUUUUUUCCUAAUUAUGGCAAAAGUUUUAUUUUCUUCUUCCUUAGUUUCAGCACAGGGCAUCUUAAACCAGAGAAGUUUUUGUGCCUAAAAAUUGGAAAAUAAUCCAUCUUUUCUGUAAUAUGUUGCACUGAAUCCUGUUGGGCUAGGGUUGCAUAUUAGUUCCAAUAAAUAACUAAUUGGU